AUGGCUCCAAAACAACCCAGCACGGGUCUUUUCGUUGGAUUGAACAAGGGUCACAUCGUCACCAAGAAGGAAUUGGCUCCACGUCCUUCAGCUCGCAAGGGGAAAACAAGCAAGAGAGUACACUUUGUGAGGAAUCUCAUUAGGGAGGUAGCUGGAUUUGCACCUUAUGAGAAGCGUAUCACUGAGUUGCUCAAGGUUGGGAAGGACAAGAGGGCUUUGAAAGUUGCUAAGAGGAAGCUUGGAACCCACAAGCGCGCCAAGAAGAAGAGAGAGGAGAUGUCCAAUGUUCUAAGAAAGAUGAGGGCUGGUGGAGCUGGAGACAAGAAGAAAUAG